AUGGGCUUACGAGUUAUAGUCAUGCAGUAUGUAUUUGACACACAGUUAGCAUACGAACAGCAUACUGAAGGCCAUAAAGAGCAGGUAAAGCCGACGAGCAAGUACAGUGUAGAAGAUUUACUGGAAAGGGCUACCCAAUGUCUGGAGCAAUUUCAGUUCGAAUUAGCAUGUAAGUUCUGUGAGCGUGCAUUGGAAUCGCAACCUCAGAGUCUGCAGGCUUUAGAAACUUAUGCGCCUAUUUUACUGGAAUUAGGAGAUGUAGAGAAAGCUCACGAUUGUUUUCAGCAACUGAUUAAAUUGUCUCCUGAUACUGGCCAUGAAAAGUACAUGUAUUUAGGCCAGAUGUGUGGCGGAGCUGACGCAGUGGGCUACUUCAAGAAAGGAAUCGAUAUUUUAAAAGUGGAGUUACAACAAAGUAGUUCAGGGGCAUCCAGCGUCAAUCAGUUAAAUCACUCACGGGAAAUUUCUAGAGCUUAUUGCUCUUUGGCUGAGAUAUACCUUACAGACUGCUGCUUUGAUGACAAUGCUGCGGAACUGUGUGAGAGUUAUUGUCGUAGCGCCAUUGAAUAUGAUACUAAGAAUGCAGAAGCUUACCAACUUCUGGCAAGUUGUCUUCUAAGUCAAGACCAAACCGAUAACGCUAAAGAAUACAUGCAAAAGAGCAUAGCUUUAUGGCUGCCCGCUUGUAAGGAUAUUGAGAACGAUAAUGAAGAUAUUGAGCAAGCUGGUGAAAUCUUAGAUAGAUUAUUACAAGAAGACGAUGAAGUAGUCCAGGUUUGGUACCUACUAGGAUGGUUACAUUAUUUAGAAAAUGACACUGUAGCUGCUAGACAACAUCUAGAAAUGGCUCAGAAGCUCAGCGAAAAGUUUCAGUGCGACGAUAGUAAGGUGAAUGAACAUAUUCAAGAACUUUUACAAGAGAUACCAGAUCAUGACGUUGUAGCAGACCGCGACUUAGAAAGUGAAGAUGAUGAACAUCCAAUGGAAAUGGAUGAUUCACCAGUUGGUGAUACUGCGUAG